UGUCUCUUUCUCUCUCCCCCCAAAGCCACGAACCCUUUUUAGAGAGAGAAAGUGCGUGUGUGAGUUUCCUAGAGAGAGAGAAAGAAGGAAAAUGUCAGAUACGGAAAAAUAUCCGACAUUAAAUUUGCUUCCAUCCUUUUCUCUUCCCUUUUAGAUUUCCUUGCAGAUACCCACCCGUGUGCUCCAUUAAUGCCCACUCCUUCCUCCUUCACCCUUUAAGUUCCGUCCUCUCUCCCUCCUCUCUUCCUCCCUCUCCUUCCUCUCUCCCUCUCUCUCUCUCUCUCUCUAAAAACUGUGAUUAUGGAGUACUCCAUCUCUCUCUUUCUCUCUCUACUUCUGGCUUCCUCUUUCAUCUACUUCCUCCUUCGUUCCCGACGUAGACUCCGCCUGCCGCCGGGAAACCUCGGCCUCCCGUUCGUCGGCGAGACCCUGCAGCUCAUCUCGGCCUACAAGACCGAGAACCCAGAACCGUUUAUCGACGAGCGGGUCGCCCGGUUCGGGACGCUGUUCACCACCCACAUCUUCGGCGAACCGACCGUUUUCUCGGCCGACCCGGACACGAAUCGGUUCAUCCUGCAAAACGAAGGGAAAUUGUUCGAGUCGAGCUAUCCGGGUUCGAUCUCGAACCUGUUGGGGAGGCAUUCUCUGCUCCUGAUGAGAGGGAAUCUCCAUAAAAGAAUGCAUUCACUCACCAUGAGCUUCGCCAAUUCUUCGAUCAUCAGAGACCAUUUUCUGGUCGACAUAGACCGGCUGGUCCGGCUCAACUUGGAGUCGUGGACCGGCAUGGUCUUCCUCAUGGAGGAAGCCAAGAAGAUUACGUUUGAGUUAUCAGUGAAGCAACUUAUGAGCUUCGAUCCAUGCGAGUGGACAGAGAGCCUUAGGAAAGAGUACGUCCUCGUCAUUGAAGGCUUCUUCACUAUUCCUUUUGCCAUCUUCUCCACCACCUACCGCAGAGCCAUCCAAGCUAGAACAAAGGUGGCUGAGGCGUUAAGCUUGGUAGUGAGGCAGAGGAGGACAGAGAGUGAGAAAGGAGAGAGAAAGAAUGACAUGUUGGGGGCAUUGCUGGAGGGUGACGGCGGCGGAGGCGGCUUUUCCGACGAAGAAAUAGUGGAUUUCUUGUUGGCUCUGCUCGUCGCCGGCUAUGAAACCACCUCUACCAUCAUGACUUUGGCCGUCAAGUUCCUCACUGAGACACCUCUGGCUUUGGCUCAGCUCAAGGAAGAGCAUGAUGCGAUUAGGGCAAGAAAAGGUGAAUCGGAGCCUCUGGAAUGGAACGAUUACAAGUCCAUGCCCUUCACUCAAUGUGUUGUGAAUGAAACUCUUAGAAUUGCCAACAUAAUUAGCGGAGUAUUUAGGCGAGCAAUGACCGAUGUCAAUAUCAAAGGCUACACUAUUCCUAAAGGAUGGAAAGUUUUCGCCUCCCUCCGGGCUGUGCAUUUGGAUCAUGAGCACUUUAAAGACGCGCGCACUUUUAGUCCAUGGAGAUGGCAGGAACAGAACAACUCAGGAGCAGCAGGGUCAGGGAAUUUCUUCACACCCUUCGGAGGGGGGCCUAGGCGGUGUCCGGGGUAUGAGCUCGCAAGAGUGGAACUCUCAGUUUUCCUUCACCACCUCAUCACUCGUUUCAGUUGGGUUCCUGCCGGAGAAGACAAGUUGGUGUUCUUUCCGACCACUCGGACACAGAAGCGAUACCCUAUCAACGUGGAGCGCAGGCAUGUGUGCAAACCAUGUAAACAGUGAGGAGGAAAGAAAGGAGGAGAACAAGUAUGAGAGUAGUCAAGAGAAAGGAGGAGGAGCUAGAUAUGUAAAAACUUAAAUUAUAAAUGGAAUAAAAUGAGUAUAUAGUUUAGAAUAUAUGUGUAUAUGAUAUAUAUAUAUAUAUAUAUAUAUUUUACUGAUCGA